AUGACGUGUUUUAUAUUCGAAAAUCUUUCUCUUCUUCUGCAUAAUUCUUUUCUUUCUACUUCGUCUUUUUAUUCUUCGUCUUUUAUUAUUUUCUUCUUCUUUUUCUUCUUCUUCGUCUCUUCUUCUUCUUCUUUUUCUUCUUCUUCUUCGUCUCUUUUUUUCGUCUUUUCUUCCUCUUCUUCUUUUUCGUCUCUUCUUUUUCUUCUUCUUUUUCUUCGUCUCUUCUUCUUCUUCGUCACUUCUUCGUUUUUUCUUCGUCUUUUCUUCUUCUUCUUCUUCUUCUUCUUCGUCUUUUCUUACUCUUCUUCUUCUUCGUCUCUUCUUAAUCUUCUUCUUCGUCUCUUCUUCUUCUUUUUCUUCGUCCCUUCUUCUUCUUUGUCUCUUCUUCUUCUUCGUCUCUUCUUCUUCUUCUUCUUCGUCUUUUCUUCCUCUUCUUCUUCGUCUUUUCUUCCUCUUCUUCUUCUUCGUCUCUACUUCUUUUUUUUCUUCUUCUUCGUCUCUUCUUCUUCGUAUUUUGUUGUUGUUGCUCUUCAUCUUCUUCUUUUUCGUCUCUUCUUCGUCUUUUCUUUUUACUCUUCUUCUUCGGAUUUUCUUCCUCUUCUUUUUUUCUUCUUCUUCGUCUCUUAUUCAUAUCUUCUUCUUCUUCUUCUUCUUAUUAUUAUUAUUAUUAUUAGUAGUAGUAGUAGUAGUAGUAGUUGA